AUGUUGAUGCGUCAGGUCUAUCUUGCUUUGGCCAUUGCGGCUCUCUCUGAGGCCGUGCCGGCGCCUAUUAAACAUGUGUUGCAUGAGAAGCGUGAACGGCACGGACUUGAUUGGGUGAAGGGCGAUCGUGUGGAGAGUGACGCGGUGCUGCCCGUUCGCAUUGGACUUACCCAGAACAACUUGGACAGGGGUUAUGAGUUGUUGAUGGAUGUGUCCCACCCAAGCUCUGCCAAGUAUGGCAAGUAUUGGACCGCCGAGGAGGUCCAUGAUCUGUUUGCCCCAUCGGCAGAGGCCGUGGAUGCUGUGCGCGAAUGGCUUCACGAGGCUGGUAUUGACCGGUCCCGUGUGGUCCACUCGGAUAACAAGGGCUGGCUGGCAUUCGAUGCCUAUGCUCACGAAGCAGAGAGCCUUUUCAUGACCGAGUUCUACGAGCAUAACCACAUGAGCAGUGACAGCACGAAGAUUGGAUGUGACAAGUAUCACCUCCCGGAGCAUCUUCGGGAUCAUGUUGACUACGUCACCCCAGGUGUGAAGCUUACCCCUGUGCUUAAGAAGCACAAGAAGGCUAAGCGCGCUUCGCACCUUACCAAGGUCAAGACCAAUGCCGAGGCCGCAUCCUAUGCCGGCAAUGAUGUUUCGCUGUCCGCCAAGGCGAAGUCCCUCUCUUCGGAUCUCCAGCUCUGUGGAUACAACAUGACUCCUACUUGCAUCAAGGCACUGUACAGUAUCCCCGAUGCUACCAAGUCAAGCAAGAGCAACUCUCUUGGUCUCUACGAACAAGGUGACUACUUCGCCAAGUCGGAUCUAGACCUCUUUUACAAGGAAUAUGCUCCUUGGGUACCCCAGGGUACUUACCCGAUUCCGGCCUUGAUCGACGGAGCCAACUUCUCUGUACCUGCUUAUAGCUCGCUCAACUCUGGCGAGUCAGACAUUGACAUUGACUUGGCCUACUCUCUGAUCUACCCCCAGACCAUCACUCUCUACCAAGUUGAUGACCAGCUCUAUGAGCCGGAGGAGGUUGCUACCACCAACCUCUUCAAUACCUUCCUUGACGCUCUGGAUGGGUCAUACUGCACGUACAGCGCCUACGGCGAGACCGGCAACGACCCUGACAUUGACCCCGUCUAUCCCGAUACCCGCGCCGGCGGAUACAAGGGAAAACUCCAAUGCGGUGUCUAUAAGCCCACCAACGUCAUUAGCGCCUCCUACGGUCAAGCCGAAGCUGACCUCCCCAUCAACUACACCAAGCGCCAAUGCAAUGAAUUCAUGAAGCUUGGUCUGCAGGGCCACUCGAUUCUCUUUGCCUCCGGUGACUACGGUGUGGCUUCCUUCGCAGGUGAUGGCUCCGCCAACGGCUGCCUCGGCCCGGAUCAGAAGAUCUUCAACCCACAGUACCCUUCCAACUGCCCAUACGUAACCUCGGUCGGCGGUACGAUGAUCUACGAGGACCAAACCGUUGAAGACCCAGAGAGCGUCAUGCAUGCCAAUCUCGGUGGUACUGCGGCCAACUUUAGCAGUGCAGGUGGAUUCUCGAACUACUUCCCCCAACCGGACUACCAGAAGACAGCUGUUGAGAAGUACUUUAAGAAGGCUGACCUGAGCUACCCAUACUACUCGGAGUUUGAGGUCAACGUCAACACAACUAACGGCUUGUAUAACCGUAUUGGCCGUGCGUACCCCGAUGUUGCGGCCAAUGGUGCCCGAUUCCGCGCGUACACGGACGGCUAUGACUACCACUACUAUGGAUCGAGUCUGGCGUCGCCGUUGUUUGCCUCAGUUCUUAACCUGAUCAACGAAGAGCGCAUUGCAGCUGGCAAGGGCCCUGUUGGUUUCGUGAACCCCGUGCUCUACGCCCACCCCGAGGUUCUCAAUGAUAUCACCAACGGUACCAAUGCUGGAUGUGACACGAAUGGAUUCGCUGCAAUUUCAGGAUGGGACCCGGCUACCGGCCUGGGAACACCCAACUACCCCAAGAUGAAGAAGUUGUUCUUGUCUCUGCCGUGA